AUGCUGCAGUCGUAUUGCAAUGGUCAGUCCGACUUGACCAUGCAGGAGCGAACAUUUGGGUCAGCAGUUGUCCAGGCUGUUACUGACCGUAUACGAGACAGCUGUAUCUACUCAGAUGACCGAUUGUUCAUUCGACGCUUGGCUAUUGUCCAGUCGGAUGACGGUGAAAUGUCCACUACCUAUAGACCCGGUUACAAUGGCGGGAUAUGGCAGAUUGAUGAAGCCAAGUUCAUUUCGACAAGAAGUUGCGGCUCGUCCGCCAUAUACCAAGAAUGUGGUCUUAUUUUGUCUAAAUUCAACAUCACGUGGUCCAGUGUCCAGUGGACUGACCUUCUGAAGCCUCUGUACUCUGGCCUGGCAGCGUCAUUAUACCUAAAACUACAAGGAGCGGAUCCUGCUCCAGGGGACGUGGCAGGUCAGGCUUCUCUGUGGAAAACGUAUUUCCAGCCCAGCCAAGACGUGGCGACAUAUACGACAAAAGUCCAAAAGGCCGAAAGUGAAACUGACGGUUCAUGUGACUACAAACCCAUUGAUAUCGUUUUCAUCAUUGAUGAGUCUGGCAGUGUGGGGUCUACCAACUUCAGGAAAAUAUUGAACUUCUUGGCAGAAGUUGUAGACAAUCUAAACAUUGGACCGUCAGCUGUGCAGGUUGGCCUUGUUAAGUUUAACUCUGCAGCAACCAGGGUGUUCUAUUUAACAACACAUUCCGACAAAACUUCUUUAAAGUCUGCCAUUUUGAACACUGUAUACCGUAGUGGCGGAACAAGCAUCGGCGCAGGAAUUCAACACGCAGACAGAUACAUAUUUCCGGUUAAGUAUGGCGGCAGGGAAGACGCAACAAAGAUUGCAAUUUUAGUCACAGAUGGUGCUUCCUUUUCUGCUUCGUUUACAAAUCAAACGGCAAAUGAUGCAAAAGCAAACCAUAUCAGGAUCUUUGCUGUUGGGAUAGGGAACAUCAGAAUAUCGGAACUAAACUCAGCUGCAAGUGAUCCUGACUGCACUCAUGUCUCCGUUUUGACCAAUUUCAACCAGAUCGACGAUAUAAUCUAUGAAAUCAAGAAAAGUGCAUGUAGAGCGUCGAACCCAGUAGGACCGGAAGCGGAAGUGGGAGGGGAGGUUGGCGAUGGAGAUGGAUCUACUAUUGAGAUAAGCACAGAAGACGGGAACAACAAGACCAUUACUACUGAGGUUGAUUGUGGUGUGCUAAACGUGUAUAGCUCUUUUGCUACGCCACAUCCAAGCCCAGCGUUCUAUGAUAAAACAGACACUGCUAUAGCAGGCUCGCCGUCUAUUUUCGUUGUUCACGUAACCGACAAAAGACCUCUCUUCGUCACGUUCGUCCGACUCAAUCCUGAUCCUUCCUGUCCUAACGCGUCAUAUACAGGAGAUGUGUCAAACGAUCCACCAAAAGAUACAGUUUUUGCGAAUAACGAUUGGAAUACCAUAUCGAACCCCUGUACCAAGGGCGGCGCCAAGUUCCACUCUCAUCCGACAGACCCAGCCAAAUUCAUCACCUGUGACGACUCACAGAAGAUGUAUAUAACACAAUGUUCCUCGGGCAAACUCUACAGUAAUGGAAGCUGUAUACAUGCCCACAUGAUCACAGUUGGAAAAAGUAGUACUCCCGUUGGAAGCCCAGUCGAUGCUCUAAGCACGCAUUUAAUUCUUUGCAGAGUCAGUGGAAUUCUUCAGGAAUGUCAGAGCAAGGACUUGGCAGAAGACUUCUAUGCUAAACUCUGUGAUGGAACAAAUCCACCAAUAAAGAAUCCUUGUACUUCAUGUGCUAUUGCUGACAGCCAUCUUGUCCAUCCUUACCCUCUUGACGACAACAAAUACAUCACGUGUGAUGGGGAGGACAGUCAUCUGAUCACACAGUGCCCAAUCGGGGAGAGGUUUAGUGUUGCCAAACAAAGCUGCAUCUCAUCGUCAGACAGUGAAGAGGAGGAGGAGGAGGAGGAGGAGGAGGAGGACGGCAGUGAAGGAAACGGGAACUCAAAUGAUGGUAUCGACGGAAAUCCAUGUACAGAGGCAGCUAGAGCGCAAAACAAAUAUUACUUUCCAUAUACACCUGAUCGAACCAAGUUCAUCCAAUGCAAUGAAUGGGGAGACCGUUUCAUUAUGCCCUGUCCUUCUGGUGAGAUUUGGUUUGACGAAAUUUCGUCCUGUGCUGCUGAUGCACUUGGCGAAGCAAGCAGUGGAGGAACUUCUGGAAAUCCAUGUACAGAUAACGCCGGGAAGUUAGUGGCUCACUCCAACCCUGCCAAGUACAUCCAGUGUGAUAAUGGUGGUGUCGCGCAUAUCAUGUCGUGUCCGGGAGGACUCCGCUUCUACCCUUCAAAGUCCUACUGUGAUUGGUGA